AUGGCGACUCUCAAGGUUUCUUCUUCUGUUCCUUCUCCUCUUGAAGACGCUGAUCAAUUGCGAACCGCCUUCGAAGGGUGGGGCACCAACGAGGACUUGAUAAUAUCAAUCUUGGCUCAUAGGAGUGUUGAACAGAAGAAGCAGAUCAGGCAAGCUGGUACUUCUGAAGACUUCACCAACUCAGAAAUCCUCAAGGUGAAGGCAAAAAAUUUGAACUUAAGAAUCUAA